CUGCUGCCGCGUGACGCUGAUGCUCCAGAGGAGCUGCGUGCGCCAAACUAUGCCACUUUCAGUCUACUCGGCAAGCUCGAGGCUGAACGUGCUGACCUCUUCGCAAAGGCCAGCCAAAAAUUCCCGAUCCCCAAACCUCUGACUUCAGUGCCAAAAAAGCUCAACCGUGUCCAAGUCGACCUCUCCCGAGAAAUUCUGGAAUCCCCAGAAUUGGCAAAGUUCAAGAAAUUCAUGCGCAACCUGAUGCAAAGGACGUACGAUGCGGACACGGCGCUUUGGCGAGACGAGGACGAGGGAAAGUGGCGCGAGUCCAGCGCUCUGGCAGGAGCGAAUGGCGCUACGGCAGAUGCGCCUACCGAUGCACCGACAUCUUCAAAUAACACCAACGAUCAAACGGAUGAAGCUCCCGGGCCGUCACUGCUCAAUAAGGUAUCGGCGGCCAUCCACUGCCUCCCUUCUACCUCCUCCUCCUCAUCUUCAACUGGAAUCAUCAUCCCCAUCUCACCGGCGCCGGUGCGCGGCCUCAAACGGAUUCCCGCGCCCGCGUCAAGCCCGUUGGAGCUUUAUAAGCGUCCACGCAAGAUGGAGCCC